AGUGUGUUUUUUUUUUUCUUUCGCUUUUUUUAAACUAAAGCUGGAUGUGUGGAACGUCACAUGUUGUUUUUCUUCUCAGUCCGGACGCUCGCUGAUAUGUGUUAUAUACCGUUAAACCGUUACGGGCGGCGAGCGGAGGAGUCGUCGCCGGGCAUGAAAUAGCGAGACGGAGGCGUGCCACGGUUUUUAUUUCUCUGCGCGCCGAAGAGAAAGCACACACACACACACAAACACACGGCAAGUUUCGCGAAAGUGAGAGUCGAGGCUCCGAGGAUGGCGAGUCCGCCCGGCUCCGGGGGACACCUGGCCCCGAGCGCGAGCGUCGGCGACGCGCACGUGAGGAAGAGCGGCUACCUGCGCAAACAGAAGCACGGGCACAAGCGCUUCUUCGUGCUGCGCGCGCCGAGCGACGGCUGCGGCGCGCGCCUCGAGUACUACGAGAGCGAGAAGAAAUGGAGGAACAGGGCGGCCGCCAAGAGGGUCAUCUCGCUGGACUCGUGCCUGAACAUCAACAAGAGGGCGGACGCCAAGCACCGGCACCUCAUCGCCCUCUACACCAAGGACGAGUACUUCGCCGUGGCCGCCGAGAACGAGCAGGAGCAGGAGGACUGGUACGGGCUGCUCUCGGAGCUCAUGCUGCGCGGGAGGGUGAGCGACGGCGCGGCGACCCACUCGGCGUCCUCGCUGCUGGGCUUCGACGAGGGCAACUACGGCAUGAUCGCGCCGGCCAGCGCCGCCUACAAGGAGGUCUGGCAAGUGACUCUGAAGUCCCGAGGUCUGGGCCACAGCAGGAACCUGACUGGCGUCUACAGGCUCUGCCUGUCGAGCCGCACCGUCAGCUUCGUGAAGCUCAACUCGGAGGCGGCAGCCGUGGUCCUGCAGCUCAUGAACAUCCGGAGGUGCGGCCACUCGGACAGCUUCUUCUUCGUGGAGGUGGGCAGGUCGGCCGUCACGGGCCCCGGCGAGCUGUGGAUGCAGGCGGACGACGCGGUGGUGGCGCAGAACAUCCACGAGACCAUCCUGGAGGCCAUGAAGGCCAUGAAGGAGCUGUCCGAGUUCCGGCCGCGCAGCAAGAGCCAGUCGUCCGGUACGAACCCCAUCUCGGUGCCCAGCCGGCGGCACCUGAACAACCUGCCGCCCAGCCAGACCGGGCUUCUCCGCAGGUCCAGGACGGACGGCGCGGCCGCCACGUCGCCGGUGGGCAAGCUCGCGCCGUGCCGGAUCAGGACCGCCAGCGAGGGCGACGGAACUGUGAGCAGACCCCUGUCGGUGAGCGGCAGCCCGAUCGGCCCCGGCAAUGGACGGGCCCCUCUCAACCGCUCCAACACGCUCGCUUCCAGGCCGUGCCGCCCGUUCGAGCCUGCCGUACUCCAGCACAGCAAGUCCAUGUCGAUGCCUGUGUCGCGCUCGCCGCCAUCCGCCCCCAGCUCUUUGAGCCUCUCUUCCAGCAGUGGCAAUGGCUCCGCAUCCGACGCUCUGCAGAGGCCGGCCAGCGACUGUGCCUCCGUGUCCGGGUCGCCUAGCGACGCUGGGUUUAUAUCGUGCGACGAAUACGGCUCUAGCCCAGGUGACCCGAGGCAGCUGACGGCCCACAGGAGCGACACCCCAGACUUUGUUGCGGACACACCCUCGUCCCGUGGCAGCGGUGACCUUAACGGCUACGUGCCCAUGGAGAGGCCGUGCGGCGACCCCUACCACCACGGCUGGCUAAGGUGUCGCGACGACGUGCGGGAUCUCGAAAAGGCCUACAGGAAGCGGACGUACUCGCUGACCACCCCGCCCCAGCAGAGGGCGCCAUCGCAGGCAUCGUCCGCCUCGCUGGACGAGUACACGCUGAUGCGGGCGACGUGUGCCGACGGCCACUCGGGCCGAAACUCGCACGCCGCCUCGCCGAAAGUCGCCUAUCCGGAGGAUUACGGGGAUGUUGAAAUCGGCUCCUUGAGGAGCUCCGGUAACAAUCUCGGCGAUGACGGCUACAUGGCCAUGAGCCCUGGUGUGGCUCCUCCUUUGGGCGGCAGGAACGAGAACUAUAUGCCUAUGAGCCCGAUGACCGUUUCUGCACCAAAGCAGAUCAUCAACCCCAGGGCCCAUGGGCAGACAGCCCCCAGCAGCUACAGGGUGACAUCCCCUGGAAGCUGUUCGCUGGAAGACAGCGGCUACAUGAGGAUGCUGUGCGGUCCCCGGCUCUCUGCAGACAGUUCCGACGGGAAGCUGCCCAGCGGUGAGUACAUCAACAUGUCCCCUGUGGAGCCCUGUGUCUCUCUGACACCCCCUGACGGCUUCCUGGGCUCCCCAGCAGGCGAGUCACUGAGGAGCUCCUCCUCCUCCCCCUUCAGUUCACUGCCGCGUUCCUACAAAGCGCAGAUGGCCCUCCGGGGCGCUGAGGGGGACCAGUACGUCAUGAUGAUGAGCCUGCAGGGCCAUAGGAUCCCAGAGGAAUUGAGCAGCGGUGCUGCAGCAGGUGCGCCGGCGGUGCCACAUUCAGGGCACGGUCGGGGUGGGGGAAGGGUGAACCGGCCCACCAGGUUGUCCCUGGACACUGUAAGGACCCUGCCCUGCAUGACCGAGCACCCGCAACCCACAGAACCCAGAAGUCCAGGUGAGUAUAUAAACCUGGACUUCGGUGAUGGUGGGAGGUGCUCCCCAUCCCCGCUGUCAACAGGGACGCCCGUCUCCGGUGCCCGGCACCACUCGCCGCUCUCAGACUACAUGAAUGUGGAUGUUGACUCGCAAUUGCCCCGGUCAAGGGUCACCCCUGCCAGUCGCCUGGACAGCGUGUCAGAGUCUGUGCCACGCCCCCAUCAGCCAGAUGAGGGCGGGUGCCCUGCGGUCCAGGGCAGCGCUGCCAAGGAGGACUACACCGAGAUGUCAUUUGGCAGCCCCAACAGCGGGGUGCAGCGGUUAACACUCGGAGAGCAGAGCGGCCCAGGAGUGGAGGCAUUCCUGGUCCCUGCACCCCCUCCAGACCCAGACAGGGGUGCCAAAGUGAUUCGAGCCAAUCCGCAGGGGCGCCGGCGGCACAGCUCCGAGACCUUCUCCUCCACCACUACGGUGAUGCCCGUCUUUCCCUCCUUUGCCCAUGAUGUCACGCGACAGAGCUCCGCCUCCGUGGAGAAUGUGUGGGCCCGGGGCGGUGGUGGCGGCGAGGGCUCUGACGAGGAUGGCGGGAGCUCCAUGCGCAGGGAGACCUCGGCGGGCUUUCAGAACGGACUCAACUACAUCGCCUUAAACCUGAUGGACGAGAAGCUUGGCAGCUGUAAGAACCUGGUAAAGCUGCGGGCGGCGGGGGCAAGCUGCUGCAAGGCGGGCGUCGGUGGGCUGCACGGCGUUCCCUACGCCAGCUUCGCCUUCAAGGAGACGGCUGCCACCGUCAAGGACUGACAACUGAGCUGAGAUCCCGGGGGUCCGCAGAUAAGUGGACAGCCCACCUGGGUCGCUGGUCACGUGCUGCUGUAGAUGACCUCUGACCCUGGAGCAUCUUGUGACUGUACUCUCGCAACGGGCGAUCAGGAACCAUUUUGUUGCUGCUCUCUAGUGCUACGUAACUACAGUGACAGAAGUGUAUUAUUUAACAUAAUAAAGUAUCUGUUUUUCCUCUUCUUCCUCCAUCUGAUUUCAAGUCCAAUGCUGGAUUGUGGCCGGCAGUCAGAAGCUGCACACACAUAUUGCCCAGUAUCCUGCGUUUUGUCACGUAUGCACAGUGAUAACAUGUUUGGUGAUGCGUGAUUGCAUGUGCGCACUGGUUAGCGGAGCUCUUGGGUGCAGAGUUGGUUUUCCCCAAAUUCACUAAUUAAUCGAAUCCCUACCUCAGCGAGAAGCAAGCCAGGUUGUUACGUAGAAAAAAAUAAAACUAAAAUACGAAAAGAUUUAUUUUUAAAGUUGAAUGUUUCAUAAUACCGAUCCAAAGCCUUACGGACAUUGUACAGUAUUUAUACUGAAGGUGUUUUGUUUCCGGCGCAUGUUGAGGGCCUACACAUGCAGAAUGUGGACGAUGUACAACUUGUAAAGAGAACAGAAUGUUUAUGAAGGUGGCAGGAAAACUUUCCUUUUUGUAUAUUUAAUUAUAAACAUGAAAUGAAACAUUUUAGUUUUCCACAAAUGUAAUUUAUUUUAAUAUAGCAAUAGUAAUAUAAUUAUGUAUAUCACAAGAGGAAAUUUACCUUCCCGAAGCAGGUUCGUGGGACAAGUUGAGGCACAAGAGAAGAGUCCAUUAGACUUGAGCAGCUGCCAUUCGAAACUCUCGCACAUUUGUGCGGUAGCCUCGGUCUGGCGCGGCUCUUCACUGAUUUCACAUACCCUCUGUGCACUGACUUUGUUUUUGACCCGAUGCUAUACUGCUGAGCCAUAUGGGUCGAGCCCAAUGGGCCGAGAGGACCGACGGUGGGGUAUGGCUCAACAGUGGACAGGGGCCUCUUUCAGAAGUCUCGGGGGGUGGAGAUGGUGGCUGUGGCUUCGAGAGCAGCCGUACCGCACUAGGGCACGUUCAUUUGGACGAAGCGAGGACAUGGACUUGCACUUGCAACGCUUAGAUUGUAACACGUAGCACGUGAAUGUAGAGCAUUGCGUCUUCUCAGCUGGCACGGUCAACUGGACCAGAACUCGACACGUGAAACUGGGUGACAUAAGAAGCAAGUUUUGCCAGUGGGUCAUGGGGUCACUUGUCACAACAUUGCCUAAUGUUGUAUAUAGUGUACAGGUGCAGAGAAUUAUAACCAAGACAUGUUUAAAAGUAACUUAUUGUACAUACGUGUUUGGAUGAAUCCCAAAAACUAUAGCGCUAAUAACGGUACGUGCCGAAUGCUUUAGGUUAUCGUGAGAGUUUGGGGGUAAUCUUGUAUGACCUCUGUGUGAUGGAAUGCCACUAAAAUAUUUUGAUGCUGUAUUCUUUAAAUAGAUUAAGUAAUACUUGAUAGAGUAAAUCUUACUACUUAGGUACAAUUCACUAAUGGCAUAUGCAAUAUUAACAAAAAACAGUUUACAGAAUGGAACCAAAUGUAUAAACAUUGUUUUAAUAUAUUUGUUAAACCUUAAGAUUAAAUGAGACUUUUGCUAUUUGUACUUUUUUUCUGCCAAUUUUAAAAGGAAGGUUUUUUCCUCUUUUGCUAUUGGAAUCUAACGGUACUUUUUUGUGUGUUUUACAUAUCUGUAGUUUUUCAGUGUCGGGAGAUAUGUUAUAAAACUGCCCGAUUGCUCUUGCUGUGUCUUCCAUUGUAUAUAUUCAUAGUUAAUUGUGAUGCUGUACAAAAGUGAUUAUAAUUUAAAUAGUGCAGUUAUUGCUUUAGUCUGUAUUGAUUAUGGAUUGCCACCUGCAAUAAAAUAACAUUAUUUAAGAAACAAAAUGAGUGUCCGGCUCUUUUCAA